GCAUUCGGCACGGCGUCCGAGCAAGUCUUGGGCGGAGGGAUUUCAGCGGGCCAGCGCGGUGUUUCGAGGAGGAAUUCUAGCCCGUUCGGCUUAGCAGUCUGGCGCCGUCUUUAGUUCCUAAACUCUGCGCAUCUGUGUGCAUUUUGCGUUGCGUGUGCCCGUCCGUCCGUCCCGUGCAAAUUAUAGUCUUCGUUAUCAUUUCGGCGAAGGGCGAUGCAGAGAAGCCAGCUGCUGCUUGCGCACUCCUGGCUCGUUUUGGUCGCCUGGAUGCGCUCCAGGAAAGGAGAGGCCUUGGGAUUUAUCAGAGAAAUGGCUCUGGAAGUUCCUAGACUCCUGCAGGAGGCUCCCGCUGACUGACCCAGCUUAGGCUUCACUUUGCCCUUGUUUUUGAGCAGGCACUUAAUAACACACUAGCAACACACAAGUUCCUGUUCGAGUGGAGCUGCCUGUCAAGGCCAGCGUAGACAUUGUGUUGGCUGGGCUGGGAGUAAAUGGGCCAGCCACUUCCCAAGGCGACUGAUCGGACAGUUGGGGCUUGCUUCACUGCACUUGUGCCGUCCGGGCAACCUGAGCACGGCACAUUCGGCUCUGCUCCCCAGCGCCUCGCUGCGCUUCCCGGCCCUCGCAGCAACAACCGCUGCCUGAAAUGGCGGGGCUGGCCCGACUGCCAUACGUGCAACCGCACAUCCUAAAGUGCCUGUUCCAGAUCGCCAUGUUAAAGCAGGGUUGCUUUUCGGUGGUGUGAAGAAAUCACUUCGUAUGAUGCGUAGCCUAUGUAGAAAGUGCUUCAGUGUUGAAAACAAGCAUCGAAACUUGUGCUUGUUUGUGCUUGUGAUGGGCUCGCACAUGUAUUUCAUUAUGUCUAAACAUACUGGAAGACUGCUUGAAUAAUGUGGGAAAGGGCCAUUACUUGAACUGCGCGUAAGCCAAACAUUACAUAGAAAACCUGGACUGCACAGUGAGGAUCACUCUGUGUAAUAAAUUCUGUGGACCUUCACUGUGAAUGGCAUAUUUUCAAAGCCACUUUCAGUUUCCUGUUUCAAAAGGCAACGCUGCUUUUGGCUGUGGUAUCUGAAAGGCUGUUUGAAUAUUGUGGAAGAGUUGAGCAACAUAUGGGGGGAGGAAAGCAACAAAGAGGACCUUUCCAAGGUGUUCGUGUGAAAAACUCUGUGAAAGAACUAUUGUUGCACCUUAGAAACAGUAAACAGAUGUCCUCUGAUCAUAGCACAGAUGAAUUAAAGGCACAGGGAGGAUUGCUAAAUUAUGACCCAUAUACAGAGCUGAAAAACAUAUUAAAUCAUAGUCGGAAAAGAAAAUCUCAUGAAUCUCUCUCUGAUGGACCCAGUUACAAAAAAACAGCUACUUUCCAACCUCAUCUCUUGACACCUCCACAGACACCAACAUCAAUGGAUAACAUGGAAGAUGCGUAUAUGAACGAGCCCAAACAAGAUAGCUGUUGUGAUAUGCUGCAGAACAUUAUCAAUAUUAAGAAUGAAUCAAGUCCAGUUUCUCUGAACACAGUGCAAGUUAGCUGGCUUCACAGCAUGGCUAAUCCUAAUUCUCCAAGGGAACACUAUCCGGAGGUUGCUGGCACACAGGCUUUCUCGCCUUCUCAAAAGUACCAAGCAUUUCAAGGAAGCAGCCCCUCACAAAUGCUGGAAUUGCCCCAGAAUUACGAGUUUUCUUCCACACAGCCUCAGGACUUGUCACAGCAUUACAGUCAGAAUUCACUUCUGGAAUAUAGGCCACAGUCUGCAAGCAGCCAGUCGUCUGAAUAUCAGCAAAACGUUUUUGAAAGCCAGGAUCUGCAGUAUUGCAAUGCUCAGAGCUUUGCUUCACUCUUAAGUGAUUCAGAAAGACCAGAUGACAUUGCUACUCCUCUCUCCCAACCCCUGCCUGGUGGUCACCAGCAAACCGAUGUCAGUAGCCAGCCUCAGAAUUUCAGUCAGCUGCCUAGUAAUAUCUGCAGUAGCCUUGAAGAUCAUGGUUUACCACUGGCUACUUCAAAUAUCUCUGUGCAACAUCAGGGUAUUGCCACAAACAUGGCGCAGCUGGGCAAAUCAUUUUUCCAGUGGCAAGUGGAGCAGGAAGAAAACAAACUGGCCAACAUCUCUCAAGAUCAAAUCCUUGCCAAAGACUCUGAUGGUGACACGUUUCUCCAUAUUGCAGUUGCCCAGGGACGACGAGCCAUUUCCUAUGUGUUGGCAAGGAAGAUGGCGACUCUGCACAUGCUGGAUAUUAAAGAACACAAUGGCCAGAGUGCUCUGCAGGUGGCUGUGGCGGCAAAUCAGCAUCUUAUUGUACAAGACCUGGUUAGCCUUGGUGCACAAGUAAAUACCACAGAUUGCUGGGGUAGAACACCAUUACAUGUGUGUGCUGAAAAAGGCCACGCACAAGUCCUUCAGGCAAUCCAUAAAGGAGUCAUUGUAAGCAAUCAGUAUGUAGAUUUGGAGGCAACUAAUUAUGAAGGUCUGACAGCACUGCACUGUGCAGUUGUGGUCCAUAAUGCAGUAGUGCAUGACUUGCAAAGACAGCAGUCUCCCCAUACUCCCGAGGUCCAGGAACUAAGGUUGAAAAGCAAGAGGUUGGCAGACACAAUCAAAUACCUUAUCCAGAUGGGGGCCUCUGUUGAAGCCAGAGAUCGUAAAAGUGGCCGUUCAGCCCUUCACUUGGCAGCUGAAGAAGCAAAUGUGGAACUACUCCGUCUGUUUUUAGAGCUCCCAACGUGCCUCUCUUUUAUCAAUGCCAAGGCUUACAACGGUAACACUGCACUCCAUGUAGCCGCCAGCUUGCAGCAUCGGGUGACUCAGCUGGAUGCAGUUCGGUUGCUUAUGCGAAAGGGGGCUGAUCCAAGUGCCAGGAAUUUGGAAAAUGAGCAGCCAGUUCACCUGGUUCCUGAUGGCCCUGUAGGAGUUGAAAUAAGACGGAUCUUGAAAGGGAAGACAGUUCCGCAGAGAUCAUCAGUCUGUUAAGCUCCAUGAGUACCAAUGACCUACACUCGCUGUCAGUUAGGCAGCCCCAAUGUACCUGUAAAUAGACCAUUUGUCCAAUGAGGGCAAAUGUUAGUUGUUUCUAUGAAACAAAAAUACUUUGUUCACUAUUAUAUAGUGGGUUAAUGACAAGUCUUCUGAACGGAUGGGAAUGUUUCAUACCCAGGUAUUCUGCCUCAGUCUGAACUGCUCAGUGUAGCAGUUACACAAAGGAACUGACCUAGACUGCAAUUGUGUACGUGCCUACUUGGGAGAAGUCCCCUUCAGUGCAUAGGAUUGCAGUGUUACUGACUUAAGGCAGUAGCUUAACAACAAGCACAAUCCAUUGAAAGAGAAACUUAAAACACUUUAGAGCUGUUGUUUAUGUUAUGAAACAUAAACUUGUUAAGAAUACUAACAUUUUACUAGUAAACAUUUAGUUCAUAGCUUCUUAAUUUUUUUAUAUACUUAUUGCAUUGGUUGCUUUGUAAUUUUGAAUUGUAAUGAUUUCUUGAAGUUUGAUGAAAGACAAUAAUUUUACACUUUUAAAUUUGAGAAUUCAGUGUAAACUUCAAUUAAGUUUCUGUAAGUAUUUAAUAGUGUUUAUACUGAAGGGUAUGAUACUUGUGGGGCACACUUAAUAAACUAGUUUAGAAAAUAAGCAUUUUCCAUUUGCAGUUUUCAUAAGCCACAUAAACAGUUUGUGAAAACACAUACUCAUUUUGGAUUUAUGUUUAUUUCUGUUAAGUAAUUCAGUGUCAUAGGUUGUGCUGAUGGCUACUGACUCAAGUGGCUUUAAAAAGCUAGUACAGAACUUGCUGGAGGUCUGGUUUGUCUGUGGCAGCAUACGGAGUGUCCAAUUUCAGAGGCAACCUGUCUUUGAAUACCAGUUGAUGAGUGGGGGAAGGCCUGUUGCCUUCAUGGCCAGAUUACAAGCUUCAGAGUGGUGUCUGCCUCAUGGGAGGAUGCUAAACUAUAUGAAUGAUCCAGCAGGGUUUCUCUUGUAUUGUGCUGAAUUGAUUUCCUGUUUGAGAAUCAAAAAUGUGCUAUUCAGAGCUUUGCAAAAUUUAGUUCUAUUGUAUUACCUUAUAGGUAUAUUAGACAGUCAAUGAUAGCAAUUAUAUUUGUGUGUUCUAAAUCCAUGUUGGUACUUUAGAGAUUGUAAAUAAACUAUAUUGAAUAAUUUUAUGUAGUAAUUGCUUUCAGAAUUUAGCAGAUUGUUGUAAAAUUUAGUCUCACUGCACAACUACUUUUUCCUGAAGGAGUGUCUGCAUCUUGUAUUAUUUCCCAUAGUUCAUCUGAUCAUAUUGUUUGACCAAGUAUGUCUUGUAGACAAGUAACUGGAGAUGUUGUACCUGCAGUUAUUAAAGCAGUGCUUAUUCUUGUAGUUUAAAUGCAAUGUUUGGAAUAAAGUUGUUUUUAAUCAAGAAAA